AUGGACAAUAGCAACGUUGUCGAAGAGAUCGAAGCAUUUGAUCUAAUAUUACCCCCGAAAUCUCAUCACAUUCAAGACGGGUUCUUCCCGGCUGACUCCCAAGAUCAAUCUGACCAAGGAGGCGCUGACUGGCCAUGGGAUGUCCCGGUCCAAGAAACUGGAGACGACGCAAUCUACGUGUCCAACGGAGUUUUUUCCCUAUGUGCAACUUCACUGGCAAUUUUGCGCGCAGGCGAUGACUACGACGUGCAACUCGCUUAUGCGCCGGCCGAAUGGCCAAAUCAUGUCUGGUGGUGGACGAGCGGAACGAAGGGGGAACUUAUUCAGGAGGCGGGGAAUAGGGGUUCAGAAGGGCCGGUGCCGCUGACCAUCAAAAGCGAAGAGCAGAUCUUUGCGGUCAAACGGGGCGGGAUGCGCAACUUUGUGCGGGUGGACAGGGUGAAGAGUCCGGUUCUGAGGGUUUGGGGGUGA